AUGAACGGAAAAGAUCCAACAAGACGGAUGACAAUUCUGAUGCUUCCUGAUGAUUUGGUAUUAAACUGCUUAGCCCGUCUCUCAAGAUUGUAUCACCCAACUCUUUCCUUAGUAUCCAAGAGAUUCCUCUCUCUUGUUGCUUCAACGGAGCUUUACCAGACUCGAACCCUCUUAGGACGUACCGAGAGUAAUCUCCACGUGUGUUUAUGGCUCUGCAGGACCGACUCUAACCCACUAUGUUGGUUCACUCUCCGUUGGAGAUCCGAAAAGUGUUUCACUAUCAGGACUAUGAUGGUUUUGGUCCCGAUUUCAUCUCCUGAUUUUCCAUCUCCCAGAGGGUCUGAGGUGGCAGUGGUUGGUCCUCAUAUAUACGUUAUUGGCGGAUUACUAACUCGUGGAGGCCUUCAUGCUUCGUCCAGCGUCAUGGUAAUGAACUGUGGUUCUCACAUUUGGCGCAAGGCCCCAAGCAUGCGGCUGGCCCGCGUGUCCCAUUCCGCUUGCGUCCUUGAUGGGAAAAUACAUGUAACAGGAGGCUGCAUGAACCUCGACUCGACGAAUUGGAUGGAGGCUUUUGAUACAAAUGUGAAAAACAGAUUUGCACCAGAAAUCCCUUAG